GGCUGGCUGGCCCAUGAUACAUGGGCUCUGUUUGAAGGAAGUCGGUCGCUUCCUUAAGUCAACCUUUUGGAUCGGAUCCACAUUGCUGUAUCAGCUGUUCCAAUUCAAUUCAAUUCAAUUCAAGCCGUUGAUUCACGAAGAUCACAACCAUUACGCAAUUACUCUCUCUCUCCCCGCAGCUCGCCGGAUCUCCGUUGUCUUCUUCGUCUCUUGGAUUUGUUUACCUCUUAACUCUUGUCUCACACUCCGGAGCAGAUGCGCGACUCGAUCAGGGUUUGAGACCUUGGUCAAAGCGAUCGCCUUCCUUUGACUCAUAUAUUUUCAUUUCCCCUUUUUAUCCCAUUGGCCUUAGGGUUUCCUACACGAUAUGAGCUAAUACGAUUUGAUUUCUCCCAAGCUCCCCCUCUAUUGGUUGCAGGGUUUUCUUCUCCGGCCUAAAAUGGAAACGUCCGGCACCAAUCAUGACGCCUUUAGGGGUUCCCCUCGAAGAAACUCCAUCCUCUCAGCUUCUAACAUCAUCCAGGCCCCUAUAUCAACCUUGUUAGAGUAUUCGGGUCUCUUCCGAACGAGGACUAGUCCUAGUCCGGAGGCGGAAACGCUGGUUAGUGAUGCUUCUGCAGGAAUCUCCAACGGUGAGGUUGCCAUUAGGAUAAUUGGCAACGGGGAGCAGGAUGCUGAAACUGAUAAUAGUGGUCUCAGGGAAGCCGCUGCCCAUGCCCAGCCUGAAGUUUUAGCUUCUGGUACUCAAGUUGAUCCUUUGGGUGCUGGAGAUGGGGCCUCUCAGUCUCAGGCUGCUCCAGUUGAUUCUGUAGCUGGAGAUGCCGCAAGCCGGGAUUCACCUUACCAACGAUAUGACAUUCAGCAGGCUGCACGGUGGAUUGAGCAAAUUCUUCCCUUUUCUUUGCUUCUCUUGGUUGUUUUUAUCCGCCAGCAUUUGCAGGGGUUCUUUGUCGCAAUCUGGAUUGCUGCUGUCAUGUUCAAGUCAAAUGAUAUUUUGAAGAAGCAAACAGCGCUGAAGGGUGAGAGGCAUAUCUCAGCAUUAAUCGGAAUCUCUGUAGCGUUUACGGCCCAUGUUGUUGGUGUUUAUUGGUGGUUUCGAAAGGAUGACCUCUUGUGUCCCUUAAUCAUGCUCCCUCCCAAGUCUAUACCACCUUUCUGGCAUGCCAUUUUUAUCAUAGUGGUGAAUGACACACUUGUACGGCAGGCCUCAAUGAUAUUCAAGUGUUUUCUGCUGAUGUACUACAAGAACAGUAGGGGUCGAAAUUAUCGUAAACAGGGUCAACUGCUAACUUUGGUUGAAUAUUUGAUGCUUCUGUAUCGCUCUUUGCUGCCUACCCCUGUAUGGUACCGUUUCUUCCUGAACAAGGAUUAUGGAAGCCUCUUCUCCUCUCUUAUGACGGGAUUGUAUCUGACUUUCAAGCUCACUUCAGUGGUUGAGAAGGUUCAAUCCUUCUUUACGGCAUUGAAGGCUUUGUCACGUAAAGAGGUGCACUAUGGAUCAUAUGCAACUUCAGAGCAGGUGAAUGCGGCGGGCGACCUGUGUGCCAUCUGCCAGGAGAAAAUGCACACCCCAAUUCUUCUUCGCUGCAAACACAUGUUUUGCGAAGAUUGCGUUUCAGAGUGGUUUGAGAGAGAGAGGACGUGUCCUCUGUGCAGGGCCUUGGUCAAAUCAGCAGAUCUAAAGUCAUUCGGUGAUGGAUCCACCAGCCUUUUCUUCCAGAUAUUCUGAUUGAAACACAUACGAGACUCCAAAGUACAAAAGUCGCUCAAGACUCACUCACUCACUCACUCACUAGUCUUCUUAGAGAGUAUUGAUGAUAUACAAUGCCAUUUUGAGCUGUGAACCAAAGACACCACUGAUGCCUUGAAGAUGUUCAUACAAUCUUACUAUUUGUUAAUACGAAAUCGCCUUUUAUAUUCCGUAGCCAAAAGAAAAAAAAAAGAAAAAAAAAAAACUGA